AGGAAAGUGACACAUUUUGUUUUAUGACGAUUUUGAUAAUAAGUAAUGGAUUUGAAUACCAAAGCUCCACUAACUCAACAAACAAGGCUGUUAAUGCAAUUGUCUGCAGAAAAUGGACUCAGUGAUCUUGAAAAUGUGGGAAUAUAUGGACAAUCAUCAGAAACUGGAUCUGGCAAAAACCACGCAGCACCUAAUUUACUACCUCCAACGGAUCUAACUUGUGAGGGAGAAAAUGCGUUACCGCAUUUCAGAGAUGCUACAGAGAUUGUAGAUUCAUUCUUGACAGCUAGCCCAUCAAAAAUAAACGAUCAACUGAUUGAUCUCGAAAAUGGCCUGCUUGAUUCUCUAGGCACAGAAAAGGGCGAAGAGAUACAUCAUACUGAUCACCAGUCCAGAGACACAUUUUCAAACAUACGAGAAGCUCAAAAUAUAGAAGUGGAGUUCGACGAUAUUGAAUCACCCUGUGAUGACUCCGAUGCAGACCCAGACUACGUUUUGUCUGAAUCGGCAGAAUCUUCUUCCCCCGAGUUAUCAAAUUUCGGAGAGCCCAAAGCAAAGAAGCCCGGAAGAAGAAAAAUGGAUGUAGAUGCUUGA